UUCUAUUUUUUGUAACCAAAGCUGGAUGUGUAGGACGUCACAUGUUGUUUUUCCUCUUCACUCCAGUCACCUAGCGAUAUGUGUUAUUUACUGUUAAACUGCUCCUCGCAGCGAACGCGCAACUCGCGCCGGGUACAGAACAGAGUGUGACUAUUUUUUCCCCAGCGCUUCAAAGGAGACUCACUGACUGACUCGCUGCACAAGUUGUGGAAAGUAAGAGUUUUUCUUCACGGCAUUUCAGAAUGGCGUGUCCGCCGCCGACGGGAGGACAGAUGAUUUCAAACAUGACUGUCAAGAAUAAUAACCACGUCAGGAAAUGCGGAUAUCUGAGGAAACAGAAGCACGGACACAAGCGCUUUUUCGUGCUGAGGGAGCCGAGCGAGGGCUCUCCUGCCCGGCUGCAGUAUUACGAGAGCGAGAAGAAAUGGAAAAACAAGUCGGCUGCGAAAAGGGUGAUACCUUUGGACUCCUGCCUGAACAUCAACAAGAGAGCCGAUGCCAAACACAAGCACCUGAUCGCCCUUUACACCAAGGACGAGUAUUUCGCCGUGGCUGCCGAAAACGAGCAGGAGCAGGAGGACUGGUACGCGGUCUUAACAGAUCUAAUGAACGAGGGGAAAGUAAGCGACGGCUCCGCGUCUAAUUCGGCGUCAUCUCUCGUCGGAUUUGAUGAGGCGAAUUACGGCGUGACAGCGCCGCCGGUCACCGCCACUUACAAGGACGUUUGGCAAGUCAAUUUGAAAUCUAAAGGACUUGGACAGAGCCGCAAUUUAACGGGUGUUUAUAGGCUGUGUUUAUCCAGCCGGACCAUCAGCUUCGUGAAACUUAACACAGAGGCGGCGUCGGUUAUUUUGCAGCUCAUGAACAUACGCCGAUGCGGACACUCGGACAGCUUUUUCUUUAUCGAGGUGGGUCGGUCCGCGUCGAUAGGACCCGGCGAGCUGUGGAUGCAGGCGGAUGACACGGUGGUGGCGCAAAACAUCCACGAGACCAUCCUGGAGGCGAUGAAAGCGAUGAAGGAGAUGUCAGAGUUCCGCCCUCGCAGCAAGAGCCAGUCCUCAGGUACUAACCCCAUCUCCGUUCCCACCAGGCGGCACUUUAACAAUCUUCCGCCGAGUCAGACCGGGCUGCAACGGCGCUCUCGCACCGACAGCAUUGCAGCGACAUCUCCUGUGACGAAACUGACAUCCUGUCGUAUACGCACAGCUAGUGAGGGUGAUGGAACCAUAACGGGCAGCCCCAUCAGUCCCGGAGCUAACCGGACACAUUUGAGCCGCUCCAACACAGUGACAGCUUGCCCUUGUAGAACAUUUGAGAUCUCUUCCCUGCAGCACAGUAAAUCCAUAUGCAUGCCUGUGUCUCACUCCCCUCCAUCAGCUGCCAGCCCUGUCAGCAGCGGCAAUAGCUGCAAUAUAGAAAGCACCCCUCGCCCCUCCAGCUGCACGGCCUCCAUUUCGGGCUCACCCAGCGAUGCUGGCUUCGUUUCUUGUGAUGAAUGCGGCUCCAGCCCGGGAGAUACCCGGCACCUUUUAGCAGCAAACCGAAGCAACACACCUGAGUCCCUCACUGGCACUCCCCCCUCACAGGAGGGCAGCAACCUGUAUGGAUAUAUGAUCAUGGAGAGGCCAAACAGCUGUGGGCGGCAAAGCAUCCGAGCAACAGCAGAUGAGAGCAUAGGAGAUCUGGAGAAAGCUUACAGGAAGAGGACGCACUCGCUCACCAUGCCUUACCAGAAGAGGGUGCCAUCACAAGUGUCAUCUGCUUCACUGGAUGAGUACACACUUAUGAGAGCCACUUACACAUCUGGAGGCCACUCAGGGCGCAGCUCACACACUGCAUCCCCAAAGGUCACAUACCCUGAGGAUUACGGCGACAUUGAAAUCGGAUCAUUAUCGAAAAGUCCCAGCAGUAACCUGGGCGACGAUGGCUACAUGCCAAUGACGCCAGGUGUGGCUCCACAAGGGGGGAAGGCUGAAAACUACAUGCCCAUGAGCCCUAUGUCUGUUUCAGCUCCAAAGCAGAUCAUCAACCCCAGAACACACCCCCUCACUAUAGCUAACGGUUACCGAACCCUUUCCCCCAGAAGCUGUUCUCUGAAUGACAGCGGCUACAUGAGGAUGUUGUGUGGCUCAAAAUUCUCCAUCGACAACUCAGAUGGGAAACUGAUUAGCGGCGAGUAUCUCAACAUGUCUCCUGUAGAUUUGGGCUCUGUCACACCACCAGACUACUACCUGAGCCCUGUAGGUGUGGAGCAGUCUUCCUGUUUCAGACACCUGCACUUGUUUAACUCUCUGCCCCGCUGUCACAAGCCCCAGCAGACAUUAAAGGAUGCCGACAAUGAUCAGUAUGUUGUCAUGAAUCCUCAGAGUCACAGGAUAAUUGAAGAGUCAGUAACCACAGCAUCUACCCCAGCCCCAUCUCCUGUACGACAAAGCCGGACAGAAAGCCUCAUCCACCGGCAUAGAAUCAGCCGGCCCACCCGCCUCUCUCUGGACACACUCCGCACAUUACCCAGUAUGAAUGAGCACCCCCUCCCCUCUGAGCCAAAAAGCCCUGGUGAGUACAUAAACAUAGACUUUGGACAUGUUGCUGAGAGCUGCUCGCCACCCUCCACUGCUUCCUCCCAAAGCCCAGCCUCCUCCCUCGGAUCCUCUAUCGGUCAGAGGAAAUCCCCCCUCUCUGAUUACAUGAACAUUGAUGUGAGCUCACAGUCAUCCAAAUCUGGAAAUGCCACCCUAUCUAAGGCUUUAGAGGCGCUGCCAGAACUGACAUCCUGCCCUGCCCACCCUCAUGAAGAAGAGAAGGAAGAGGGGUACCACCUCACAGCACAGGUGUCACCAGUGGGCCCAGCUGGCAAAGCUAAAGAUGAUUAUACUGAGAUGACAGUUGGCGUGCCCGCUUCUCCUCCGCAGCCUGUGUCUCAGCCUUCAGAAAGUGGGCAGACCAUUAGCGCAUCCUCCUGUGUGCAAAGACUGACUGUGGAUGAGAGUGUGGGAGUGCCAGCCGUCGAAACCGUUCUGCUACGGGGUACCACUCUGGCCUUGGUGGACCCUGACCGGGGCGCCAAGGUGAUUCGCGCAGACCCCCAGGGACGCAGACGGCACAGUUCAGAAACAUUCUCCUCCACCACCACCGUCACACCUGUUUUUCCAUCCUUUGCUCACGACACCAGGCGGCACGGUUCGGCCUCUGUGGAAAAUGUGUCAGUGGUGAGGAACAGCGAAGUAUCAGACGAAGAGUACAACAGUCCCAUGUGUAGGGAGACGUUGGCUGGCUUUCAGAAUGGACUUAACUACAUUGCCUUAAACUUGAUGGAUGAGGGACUUGCCAGCUGCGAUUCUCUUGUCAGAUUCAAAGCUGCCAGCAGCUGUAAAGAGGGCAUCAAUGGAAUACAUGCCAGUCUGUAUGCUAUUCUUGGUUUCAAGGAGACGGCAACAACAGUAAAAGACUAAACAGAGCCAGUCUCUUCGACCCUUCUAUCGCUCUGUUUGCAUCGUUCACGAUGACAGGAAGAGAGGAGGUGAUCGUGUGGACAGAUGGACCACAUUGCUGCUGCUUCAGCCGUUGGCUGAUCUUUGACCCCCCUUCCCCCCCAAAAAUGCAUUUGAAUGGCCAUCGUCACGGCAAGAUGUCACUUGACCCCGGUGCAAGGCGUGAUGUCGUGUCUCAGACUCAAAGACGCAGAGUCUGGACUUCCUGUCCAUCUGUUACUCACUACAAUCUCUUCCCUCUGGACGCUGAAUUUUUGUGUUACGGUCCUUUUCACUGGUUUUGUGAAGAGCUCUGGACUUGUAGUGGCCAGUGUUCCACAACCCUCAAAACCUGUGAACCAAACCUGGAGAAAAACAUCUGAUCUGCACACACACACACACACACACCUGUUGUCACUUAUUUAUUUACCUGUUUGCAUGUGUGUGUGUGUGUGUGUGUGUGUGUGUGUGUGUGUGUGUGUGUGUGUGUGUGUGUGUGUGUGUGUGUGUGUGUGUGUGCGUGCGUGCAUGGGUGGUUGUAACACUGCACAGAGGUGACAUUUCAGAAAUUUGCUCAACAAUUAGGAAUCAAAAUAACCAGUCACUUGAAAACCCUACCUCAGAAUGAGCCAGGUUAUGACUUACAAAAAUAUAUAUAUUGAGAAAUUAAUUUAUUUUUACAAGUGAAUGUUUUCUUAAACACCAAUCCAAAGCCUUACUGACUAUACUGUCAAACAGUGUUUUCUCGGAGGACAUGCGUUAUGGACCUGUAUACACUUACAGAGUAUCAGAGAGAACUGUUUGCCAUGGUAACUGAAUGUCUUGUACUGCAGUGGAAGAAGGUCUUGCCUACCACAUGUCAUGGCUUCCCCUUCAAUCAAAGAUCUCAAAUAUUAUGACUUUUAUUGUUAUUUUGCAUUCUACACAGAUAUUUAAAUGAUUUUAAUAUAAUAAUAUUUAUCUGAGCUGGUAAAGACUCGGAUGGGCAGCCAGCUGCUGUCCCGCACAGCUACGCAUAUGCAAAGCAGGCUUCCAGAGUAGAGUUAUCAAUUUGGAAAGAAGCCACAUGCGAUUAACACACAAACCCAUACGUUACACAUAAUAUAUGAAUGAUGUCGUGUGCCUCAGGUAAGAUAGAGAUGCACCUCACCAAGUCUAGGCACGCUAGCACUCUUUAACCCACUGUCUUUAACCUUAAAGUGUUAGUUCACGCAAAUUAUGUCAUCAUUUUAUCACUCUCGUGUUUCCUAAACCUGUAUGUCUUUUCUCUUUUCCGUGGAAUAUAAAAUUAGAAAGAAAUAAAGUCAUAUGAGUUGGAAACAACAUAAGGAUGAGUAAAGUAAUUUUUGGGUGAACUAUCCCUUUACCAUCCCAGAAGCCUCUGCUGACUGGACCUCUUUCACUAUUAAUAUCCCACUCUGAAAACACAGCCUUUCCUUUUGCCUUACAUCUGCACCCAUCGGCGUGGUGUUUAAUUCAGCAGCUGCUCCACCGAUUAGCGGUGAGUGGGCGAUGAAUGAGAGUGAUAGAUUUUACUAUGGGAGAAAGGUGCCAUCCGUUGUUCCUGGCAGGCUACUCUGCCUUACAGGCUCCAUAUGGUUAGGAUUUUAGUGGGGGGUGGAGUUAGGGUAUAUGCUGCCUGCCAGGAACAAACCGUGGCCCCUAUGUACAAUGGGCAAUAGAUUUCAGGGAUGUCUCAGAAGGCUUGACACCAUUACUGCUGCUCCCUACUGUCAGACAGGGAUAGACUCGUCAGAACCAAUGCUUUGUCUUGCACUUACAAACUCCCUAGAUUGUAACACAAGACACUUUUGAAUGUAGAGUAUUCUGGAUAUCUCCGCAGGAGACUAUGGACGUGCCUAAACAUCCACAAACACACUGAUGUUGACAGAUUAACUCAAGCAAGUGAAACAAGUACAAUACACACAACUUGACUCAAGUAUAUGAAAAAUAUUUGCCUAGAAAAGUGUAAAUAAUGUAUAAAGAGAUUGCAACUGACAUUUUUAAGUUAAAGAUGAUAACUUAUGUCUUUUUGUAAAUAUUUACUGUAUGUUUGAAUGAAUUUCCCCCCAAAAAACUGAAGCACUAAUGAAGGUACUUGCCAAAGGCUGUACUUUGGCUGGCAGUUUUCUUUUCUAAUUCUUAAGUAUGUUUGUAAAAGUAUGUACACUGUACAAUAAAUGCCACUUCAAGGAUGUUUGAUAAUGCUAUGAUAUGAAAAUAAUAAUAAAAAAUAAAAUAAAAUAAAAAACACGAAACAAUUAAUUUAUUGAAUAAUACUUGAUAUUACAAAAGUAAAAUUUGCUACAUAGGUACAAUUUCACAAAUGGCAUAUGCAAUAUUAAAAUUUUUUUAAAGAUUAGUUUACAGAAAGGAACCAAAUGUAUAAAUACUGUGUUAAUAUAUUUUAAACCUUAAGAAAGUUUUUGCUGUACACUUUUUUUUCCUGCCAACUUUAAAUGGAAAAGUGUUUUGUUUUUUCUUUUGUUUUUUGCUAUUGAACCCUAACAGUAAUUUCAGCAGUGUUCGCGGAUGCUGUUUUUCAGUAUGGAAAGGUAGAAUAUUUCAAUGCCUGAUUGAGUUUUCGCUGUGUCUUCCAUUGUAAAUACUUCAUAUUCUUUGCAUUGUGAUGCUACUUUGAAAUGAUAAUUUAAACUUAGUGUAAUUAGCAUUGCUUUAGAAACUGUAUUGAUUCUGAAUAGCCACAUGCAAUAAAAAGUAACAUUAUUUAAGAA